UAGGCUCCCUAGAAUCCGGCGGCGGCUUGCGCCACCUAGCAGACCUAUCCAGCGGAUACGAUUCACGAACAGGUGCCAACCGAAAUCUCGGACGCCUCGAACAUCUCUCUCCCUCUGCCCUUUAACCUGCUCUAUCUUUCUGUGGCUUCGAAGGUUCAUCGUUUCAUCAUAUGUCACGUGCUUUAUCGGCGCUCUACGUUCUCUACGCUCGUUCCCAGUAUGUUCCCAGUCGCUCAUAUGGCGGUUGGCGGUCGCGACGAAACCAGAAACGGCUGCCAAGAGAAGCGUAGAAGCGGCGGGAAAUGAGAUACCAGGGUGUGCAGUUUCAAGGUUUUAACGCCUGCAAUGUCCGUGUCCACGCUUGGUCUACGCAGCCCGAAGUUACGAAGGUGAUCGAGAAGUGACGUGUAGGCAGUGUUGUAGUUUUUUCAGGUACUGCAUCCUGCACCGUCGAGGAUGUCUACCACAGAUCUCAACGUGCAGUCUGGGCUCUGGCAGGCGCUCAUGCUGUACGACUCUGAAUGCGGCUGGACAGUGCAAGAGCUGAUCGACAUCUGCCAUGAUCCACACCACGACAAAGCCGUAGCUGCUUACUUCCAGCCUGGAUCCGGAAGCAAGCUGAGAAAUUUCAUUACAAAGCGGCCCCAGUACUUCAAGUUUGAUCCAAGCACUGACAGAGUGAGUUUGCCAGAGCAUUCACUCAGCACUGUGCUUGAGGAGUGCCUUAUCGAAUUUAUGGCCCUUCAGAUAAAAGCUUCUUCGGGCUUACUUGAUCUAAAGUGUGUCAAGUUUGAAGACUACAACCAUAUCUUGCCAGGGAAUAUGAUUGACCACAUGCAGACCAUCUAUGCUGGAUCACUGCAACUGUUCUUCAAGACCCACAUCACCUCGUUCGUCCUUCACAAUGAGAAUCGUGUGAAGCUAGCCUCGAAAUUUGAAAGUACGAGCAUCCUAGCAGACCCAGACAACCUAAGGCCAGUCUCUUUCUUCUUGGGGUUGCUCCAGAAGAUUGGAGCUAGCAAAGAAAAGCCAUGCUUCAUUCACACACUGACUAAGUACCUUCACUAUAUGGACGCUGAUGCCAGGGAGUUCCUUAAGAGAGAGUACCACAACAACCUCAAUCUAUUCUUCCUGCUCAACCGCCGCCACUUCAGAACAACCAAACCAGAGAAGGGCAGUGCUUUCCUCAGGGCACAGCCAGCUGUAGAUUACAGUGUAGUGGCGUACCUGCAGCAGCUGCUCCAGAAGAAGAAUGCAUUCACAUACUCUGCUGGCCUUACGUUUCAGUCGCUUUUGUCGAGGGGAGCAAACUGGUGGUUGCCAUUGGCGCAGUCCUUGCUCGGAAGUGCUGAUGGGCUGAGCCAGCUAAAGUUGCUUCUUGCCACCUAUCCCAACAUUUUCAGGUGGCAGCCAACCGGCAAGGUGUGUCUUCGCAAGAAGUACACCCCGUGGAAGGAAGAGUGGAACUCGGGCUUAGAGCUGCUGACGGUGCUCUACUUCACUGACGUUCUGAAGGGCAUUGGCUCCGCAUCUCCGUCAAACCCCAUCUGUUUCAACUACAUCGCCCUCUGUGCUGAAUCAGCACCUCCAGAGUGCAAAGACUUCCUCGACAAUGUCUUCCCGGGCCUCGACAUCAUCAACCUGUUUUAUCUUCACUCGGAUCUCUUUGAUUUCUCCUCUACAAACUGUGUCUCGCUCAAGUGCCCGCCUGCAGAAAGCAAGUCGCACAAAACAGGAUCUCCCGAGAAGCUCUCGGCACGUUACGCUGCACAACUGCUCAAGUAUGCCUCAAAGCUCACACCAGAUUUGUUGGCAGUCUGUGUUGAGACAGCACCACCUGCAGUUCGGACUUACUGCAAGGCCACGGUAAAGGAUCGGCUGCAUUCGGUCAUAGAGUCAGGCCUGAAGCUCCUGCAGAACAACAAGAACGGAAGGAAUACGGUGAUCGAUGACAUCCGAAACCUGUACCAAGAUUCCGCCAGAACAGUCUUAGGUGAACAAGUCAAAGCAGCAGAACAGGAAACUACUUUAAUUACGGGAGACGCACAGACUGGUGACAAGGCACCAGUACCUAGGCAUUCAAGAAGGCACUUGAAGACAGAACCAAAGAAUACAGAAGAAAAAACGGACAAUGGCUGCAUAAAAGAAAAAUCGCUUCCCGAACAUGUGACAGCUCUUAGUGCAGCUGACAUGCAGACUGGUGCCAAAGCAUUGGUUUCAGUGCCAACAGAUCAAAGAAGGCACUUGAAGGCAGAACGAGAGGACACAGAAGAAGAAAUAGACAAUGGCAUGACUCAACAAUUGCUCACUGAACAGGUGACAGCCCUUAGUACAGCAGACGUGCAGACUGGCGCCAAGGCACCAAUACCAGUACCAACAGAUCCAAGAAGGUACUUGAAGGCAGAACCAGGGGACAGAGAAGAGGAAACGGACAAUAGUGUGACUGAACAAUUACACUCCGAACACAAAGAACUUCUGCCUUCAUCACGCAACCAAGUCCCGGGCCGCACCUCUCCAUCUUCGAAAGACUGUGUAUUGGAGUACAUCACCAAACGGUUGCAGGAGGCCCCAGCUCAUGCUGAAAACAUUGUGGACUUGGUUGCCGCCGUCAACAGGGAUGUUGGGCCCAUGUCGGACUAUGAGAUUCUCUUGUCGGUACUUGCUAAUGAGGAGGCCCUUGGGUUUGAUGGCAAGCAGAUUUACAACAAGCCUAAGCCCUGAAAUCAGUGUUUCAUGAGCUCAGGAAGGGGAAUGUCGGUUCUUCCCCAUAGUCUCAAUGCUUUAUGUGCUUUGCCAAAAAUGACUCGAGUGACUGUCAAUCCCUUCCCUUAAUGUGUUAAGGGCUUAAAUGUACUGUACUUUUUAAUAUAACGAAUUUCGAGUCUCAGGCUCAUCUUUGUGGCAUAAUAUAAUGUUUAUUUUUGUGUGUGUCCAAAAACAACUGCAUAUUUUGCUUUCUUUACCUUUUAGUUGAAUGCAUCUAAGAGAGGUUUAGAAGGAGAGAAAGGAUUGUCUUCACUUGCCGUUUUAAUAAACUGCCAAAUUUUGAGAAAAUAACAGUGUAUGAGUAUGAAGUUUGUCUGAAGUAGUCCAGCAAUUCACAGCAACUUGGGAAGUUUCAAUAUCUUGCCGAUUAAUUCCCUAAGUCCUGUUUACUUUAAAUCUCAUCCAUUCUCUCAAUAAAAACGAAAUUAAGAAAUGCUCGA